AUGCCUCGACGACCGUCUCAUCCUCAACAUGCUUCUACAAGAAGCCUAAGGAAAAUGGCAUCUUCAUCCACACUCUCUAGUUUGAAAAUGUAUAAACAAUCCAAUCGGUCAGAGAACUCUUUAUCCAGCAAGAUAUCUGUCAAAUCAAGUAGUUUUGGUGAAAAGAUAUUGGAUAUUGGUAAACCCACUAAAUUUGAACAUGGUAUUCAUGUAGAAUAUGAUCGAGACAGUGGCAAAUAUAUGGGUUUACCUGAUGUAUGGCAGUCCGAUUUACCAAGUGAUGAUGUGAUGGAUACCCAUUACGUGACACCUCACCUUGUACCUUCACCUAUCAAACCAGAGCGUGAUCCAAGUACACUACAAAGAACACCUACUAUGAUUGGAAAACCAUUUAAUGUACAACACAAUGUUCAUGUUCAAGUAGAUCAAUAUGGAUUCAAAGGACUACCUGUCAAAUGGCAAAAGAUUCUGAUUGCCUCAGGUAUUCCUGAGGAAGUUGUUCAAAACAAUCCUGUCACUGUAGAGAAGCUGAUGCAUCAUGUACGUAUGCCUGAAUCACUACAACAGCAACAAAAACAAGACAACGAAGAAGAAGAAGAACUGCCUAUGGGAUAUGCACCUCCCUCACGUAUAAGAAGAUCCUCUACUUUAGUGAAUCUAUCACUAACAACAGAAAUAACACCACCAAUAGCAUCGAAAGUCAACUCUGAAGAUUUGACAGUUAUAACCAACCAUGAUACCACCACCCCUAUACAUACCACUUCACCUAAUACUACACAAGAUACUCAUUUAGCCCUGACUUCUGAUUUUAUUGAUUUGACUUUAAUUGCAGAAGGAGAAUCAGGUCCCAUGUAUGCAGCCAAACAUGUCGCAACCACACGUAUGGUUGCUAUCAAAAAGAUCCUUGCCACAGCACAAGAUAAACUAGCCAAAAUACGAAAUGAACUGACUACCAUGAAAAUGAGUCGACACCCUAACAUUGUUGAAUUUAUAGCAUGUUAUAAACAUCAAGAAGAGAUUUGGAUUGUGAUGGAAUACAUGGAUAUCUCUUUAGCAGACAUUAUUUCUUUAGAAGAUGGACCUCGUAUGCGAGAAGAACAAAUGGCUCGAGUGGCUCGAGAUGUAUUAAGAGCUUUAUGUCGUUUACAUCGAUUGAAUCGUAUUCACCGUGAUAUUCGAAGUGAUAAUGUCUUGUUGAACAUGCGAGGAGAAGUCAAGUUAGCUGAUUUUGGUCACUGUGCUCAAUUGACACCCUCUCAGCCAGAAAGAAAUUCAAUUGUAGGCACACCUUAUUGGAUGGCACCUGAAGUGAUUAAAGGACAAAACUAUAAUGCUAAAGUGGAUAUCUGGAGUUUAGGUGUUGUAUUGAUAGAAAUGGCUGAAGGGGAUCCACCUUAUGUUGAAUACCCACCUUUAAGGGCAUUGUUCUUGAUUGCUUCGCACGGCCUUCCUUCCCUUCAAGCACCCGAUCAAUGGUCAGAUAACUUUAAGGAUUUCCUUCGCCUCUGUACUACGGAAAAUGAAAAAGAUCGUCCAAGCGCUGAUGUCUUAUUGAAGCAUGCCUUUUUACGUUCUGUGGGCACGGCAGAAGAAAUGGUUGAAUUGAUACGUCGAUUAGAACCAGAAGAAGAAGAAACAACCAAAGAUUUAGCUGUAGGACAUGUUAUUUAUUAA